ACGAUACUUAUCAGUUGUUUACGUAUUUUUUUGUGCUUCUCGGCUGCUUAAUACAAAGUUGUUGUACUUAUUUAAAUGGCAGCUCAGAGUGAUCCGGCUACACCCGGUUAUAACAUUGCUCAAGAUCCAGCAUUGAUAAAGAAUCGUGUUUACUUCGGCAAUCUACCGCGAUGUACACGCAAGGAACUUGAGAGCAUUUGUCAUUCAUACGGAACAGUUUUGGGUUCGUUGGUGCAAAAGAAUUUUGGUUUUGUACAAUUCGAAGACGAGGAGACAGCCAAUAAAUGUGCGGAGGCUCUCAACAAAUCCACAUUUAAAUCGAAAACAUUAAUUGUACGCAACGCCAGUCAAAAACCAAAAGCGCCGGUGGCCAACCAAGCAAUUGGCAAUAAUUUGAAUACAGUCGGUGACAUCGGAGCUGGACAAGUUCCCAUGGCUGUGCAAGGUGGCAUAAUGAUGUCAGCGGCUGCUGCAGCAACUGCGGUGCCCAUCAAUGACUGCGAGAUCAUUGUGGUCAAUCGGGAGAAUACCAAAUAUGCGGAAUUCAUUGAAGAACGCUUGACGUUGGCGGGCAUGCGUGUGGAUGUCCUCUUCCCCAACGAGGAUGUGAUGCUGGGCCAAGUGCUCAGCAACAUCUCCGCCCGCGGUUGCCUCUAUGCGGUGAGGGUAACGCCUCAAAAUGAGCUCCACAAAAGCCUUACGGUAAACAUUCUGUACGGUGUGCCCGCCGAGCACCGCAAUAUGCCGCUGGAAGACGCUAUUCAACUGAUAGCCAGUGAUUUUCGUAUGAAGAAGCAACGUGAUGCUGCCGCCAGUAGCAACGCACCACGACAUCCCGAGUCCAUGCAGAAACUCAUUGAAAUGCUGGCGAAUUGUCGCCCAUUAACGGGUUUGCAAUACGAAUGCAUCAUCAAGUAUCUGCAGGAGCAGCAUGAGUUGCAGCUGAGACGGGAAUUGGGCGAUGCAAAGGCUCGCCUGGUCAAGCAUCAGGAGACCGAUCCCGAAAUGGAGCUACAAAAGAAGAUACUCAGUAUUUUGAAUAAACCGGCUGUGACCGAAAUCAACAACGAUCUCAUGUACAACAGCUUCGAGGACGCCAAGGCCGAUGUGCGUCUUAUGGAAUUGUUGAGCGAUAAUCGCGUGUUGAAGGCGCUGGAAAGCAUUUACAACCCAGAACUUGUGGAAACCAUUUCACAAUAUCUUUAG